GGCAACACUGUGACAUGACUGAUUGCUCCCUAAUUUCACAAGUUUAUCAAAGAAAUAUUUCAGACACAGGAAGCGGAAACCAACGUGAGGUGGCACGGAAUAAAAACCAAAAGAAACAGCAAGAACAAUCUAAGAAAAAGCCUUCUGGCGGAGAUGGAUUACGUUUAGACCAACGCAAACAUAGAGAUGCCGAGUUAAUGCGGGAAAAGCAAAAGAAAAAGGAAGAUGCUGCUACUUCUGGUUCUAAGAGUAACUAACUAAAUGUCGACUAUGUAUUAUACGUAAUUAAGUUUCAUAUUUAGACCUAAGUAAGGAAUCGUAUGGCUCAAGUUAUUUGGUAGGAUUUUGUAACUCUACAGGUCUACGUUAUAGCAUUGUUUUACAUACGAUAAUUGUGUAUCAUAUGUUUUUGUAUUAAUUUACUUGUGAGAAUCGCUCAUUUGUGUAUAAAAUCUUACAGCUUUUGACGUACGUUGACGUGUUUAAUAAAUAAAUUAUUUGCUGUA